AUGCUCUCAGAUGCCUUCCAGGUGCCGCAAGCGGUGGUUCUGCAGGAACCAGUGGCGUGGCGCCGAGUAACGCAAACGCUCCUCAGAAGCAAAGUGUCGUUGGAGGAACUCCCAGUAGCGGAGGUGGUGGAGGAUCUGUGCAGCUAUUUGGUCAGUGUGGCGCCGGAAAAGGGGACUGGAGUGGGCCCACAACGUGCGCGGAAGGAACUUGCCAAGGAAUACUACAGCCAGUGUCUACCAGGAUCAGUUGGACAAGGAGCGGUAGCCGCAUUGGCGGCCGCUCUCUCUCCACCGUCGCCAAAAUCUCCAUCGCCACCAAUUGUGCCGGCCGCGCAAGCCCCGCAAGCCCCCGUCGUCGCAGCACCUCAAUCACCUUCAGCACCUCCCAGUGGUGGAGGAAGCGUUCCGCUCUACGGUCAAUGCGGAGCUGGGAAGGGAGACUGGAGUGGUCCAACAAGCUGUGCUGAGGGAAGCUGCCAAGCUAUCCAGGAAUACUACUCCCAAUGCUUGCCUGGAACGGCAUCGACCUCAUCAAGCGGUAGUGGUGCUUCUGGAACAACCCCUUCUGGGCCAGCACAAUCUCUAUAUGGUCAAUGUGGCGGCAAAGAUUACAAUGGACCUACUAAUUGUGGAUCUGACGCCGGGUGCGAUAAGAAAGACGACGGGUACAGCCAGUGCUUACCCUCUGGUCCCAAAGCUUCUCUCUAUCAGCAAUGCGGCGGAGACACUUAUUAUGGCCCUAAGACAUGCGUUGUGGGGGCUACCUGCAAGCAGCUCAACCAGUGGUAUUGGCAGUGUUUCCCGAGCACCAAGCGUGACGUACCAACCAAGCGCGAUACACCAAGUAAGCGCGACUUUCUUGAGCAAAUCCGCAAUGCGUUUGGUCUUGUACCCAAGGCUAACGCCACUGGAGUUAUGGCCCCUCCUGGGAAAGCAGCRCCUGCACAGGCUAUCAUGUCUCCCGAACCUGUUGCCGCUCAACCUGUUGCCGACGCCAAAGCUGUGGUGCCUGCGAUAGCUGUAGCCCCACCGGCCGAAGUCGUUCCAGCCCCUAUUCCCACGGGAGUCCUUCUACCACUCCCUGCCCCUGUUGUAGCGGCCGUUACUCCCAAGGUAUCUACGGCCCGGAUGUACGGACAAUGCAAAUGUCCUGAUGGCUUUGCUUGCACAAUUCAAUCCUCCAACGCGUACUAUUCACAAUGCCUUCCUGCAACCCUCCCUGCUAAUGAUGGCCGUGUCGACGCCGCGGCACCGGUUGAGCAAGCGGCCUACACGCAAUGUGGCGGACUCGCAUACAAAGGUAGCACCGUGUGCACUGCAGGAAGUGUUUGCAGACAUCAGGCGGGCAACAUUUACUUUUCUCAAUGCAUUCCAGAGGCACAGCCGCCAGCACCUCCCGCCAAAGUUCCAGCACCUCUCGCCCAAGUUCCAGCACCGAUACCCGCACCAGCUCCGUCGUCUGCACCCGCAUCGACACCUUCAGUUGUAGCGGCCCCGCUUCCAAUCGCACCAGCCUCGCCUCCUAUUGCAGCGGAGUCACCUCCUGUUGCAGUGGCAGCGGCUCCCGCGGUGGUCCCAGCUGUUGUCAAACGUGAUGGGCCCCCUCCUCCUCGUCCGGCGGCAGUGUACGCUCAAUGUGGCGGAAUCGGAUGGCGCGGAAGCACGACUUGCCAAAAAGGAUCAACCUGCAUCGCCCAGCCAAAUAAUGCAUUCUACUCUCAGUGCAUGCCAUCCUCGACGGAGACUACUGAGGUUAAUGGCGUCAAAACCAAGACUGCCGUAGUCCCAUACUGGGGUCAAUGUGGCGGCCAAGGCUGGCAGGGACCUACCACUUGCGCUAGAAACUCGUUUUGCAUGUCACAGGAGAACAAUGCUUUCUAUUCGCAGUGUGUUCCUACAUUUGCUGGUCCUAGGCGGCGUGGAAUCAUUGAUGCUAAGACCUCGCGCCUCUUCAUUCGACAAGAGGUAGCCGGUGCGAAAGCAUCCCCUGAGACCCUCAACAGCCCGAAAGCCGUGCCGACGGAUGUUGCCCCUGAGCUGCCCCAAGCAGUUGUCGAAGAAGAAGCACAACCCGCCCCGAAAGUAGAGCUGGCCAGUGACAUACAAGAACUGUACGGACAAUGUGGCGGCUCCUUCUGGCAGGGCCCGACAAAAUGUGAAGAUGGCUCCAAGUGUUACCAGCAGAAGAACGGAAAUGACUACGCUCAAUGCUURCCAAAGAUCCAAAUGAUCUACGGUCAGUGCAACGGAACAAACUACGCAGGUCCUACGAGUUGUGAGAAGGGCUCUCGAUGCAGCCGUAUCUAUCCUGGCUUUUCACAGUGUGUCCCUACCAAGACACGUCGCGACGACAAACUUCCGCCUGCCGGCGCUCCCGCUCCCGCUCCCUCUGUCGGCAAGACCACUCCAGCUCCAUCUGUUGGCCAGACCAACGUUCCCGGCGCAGCUCCUCCUGCUCCGUCGUCCAAGGCAGUUGCUCAUGGUGACUACGUUGAGAAAGGCGCCGCAUCACCAAAUGCCGCACCUGUCCCUGUGGUAGCUUCAGCUCCAGCUCCAAUUCCAGCUCCAAUUCCAGCUCCAGCUCCAGCUCCAGCUCCGGUGCCCCAAAACGCAAAGGUAUUGCUCGGAGCACCUCUAGCCAAUGUGCCAGGACAAGCUCCGAAAGUGGAACAACCAAUCUCUCAGCCGCCUGCUCAGAUUCAACAGCAAGCCGCUCAGCCAGCCGUUCAAGCAGCGCAGGCGCCAAACUCAUCACCGGUUGGUCAAUCUGGAGCUCCACCUGCGUCUCAGCCCGAAGGUGCUAAGUCGGCACUUCAGGGACAAGCUGCUCCCCAGUCUGUGCCCCAACCACAAGUCGCCCCUGAGCCAGUUGCCCAACCACAAGUCGUUCCCAACCCACCUGUUCAAUCGCCUCAGGCAGCGCCGCCGCAAGUCCCGCAACAGCCUCCACAACAGCCUCUACCAGCUUCUCCACCUAAGCCAACUUACGAGACUCAGGAUACGAAGAUUCGGUACAACCCCACGUUGGAUGGCCUCGUCAAGUCUCCAUUGGAGCUUCUCGGCCAGACAUCGAAGGCCUACGCUCCAUGCGGCGGAAUGGGAUUUCAGGGUAACACCGUGUGUGAGGCCGGCUCAAAAUGCUACGCGCAGAACGCCUACUAUUCCCAAUGUCUCCCGCUCAUCAUUGCGACCUACCAACAGUGUGGAGGCGGCUCGUACUUUGGAAGCCAUGAAUGUGCCGGAGGAGCAGAGUGCAGAAAAAUCCGCCCGGAUUAUUUCCAAUGCCUCAUGCCAUCUGCCAAGAUCCGCCGCGCGGAAACCGAUCCUCUCAAGAUGCUCGGUCGCGGCUUGGUGGACACAUCACCGAUGUUUAGUCAGUGUGGUGGUGUUGGUUGGGGCGGCCCCAAGCUCUGCGGGGCGGGCGCGAAGUGUGUCGCGUCCGGCAGCUUCUACUCCCAAUGUCUCCCGGACGACUCUCCCAUCGGCAAAAUUGGAUCAAAGCUUGGAGGUGGCAUCAAGCCACCAACGCUCCCUUCCUUCGCACUUCCUCCUGGUCUUUUCGCAUWCGCAGGUCCGGCGGGUGCCGCUGCCGCGGGCCCAGCUGGAGCACCUGCCGCCGCAGCAGCUCGUUGA